CAGCAUCCCCCAAAUUCAUUUACCCUGGCUUUGAUUUUUCAGCACCAUCUCCUCUCUCUCUCUCUCUCUCUCUCUCUCUCCAGAAGAAACAAGAAACUCCACGCUACCCCCUCUCCCCAUCAAAAAAACAAAAGAAAGAGUCCACACCCCACCCAACUCUUUCUCUCUCUCUCUCUAUCUCUCUCUCCAGUGGCCCAGCUGUACCAAAAUUUAUGUAGAAGAAAAAAAACCCACAAAAAAGAGAGAAAUCUAUCUCUAGAUGGAAGAAAGAAGAGAGCUGUCUUCAAACGUCCUCCACCAAACCAACCUCACACAAAGCAUAGACAACCCAAAAGUCAUGUUGCCACAAAUACCCUUCUGCAACCCCCAAAAAAGAAUCCACCCCAUCUUCAUCACACUUCCAAUUGGGUCUCAAAACUACAACCUACUAUGCUACUACCAUGUUUUCCCCCAAUUUAUGUGGGCUUCUUGGGCCUUGGUCUUGGUCAGAGUUUCGUGCACAGAGAAAACAGCGAACCAAGAACCUUCUUCUCUCUUUCUCUCUCUCUCUUCUUCUAUCUUUCUUUACCCUUCCUUUCCUUCAUCAUUAUUUCUUGCCCACCUCUCUUUCUUUCUCCCUCUCCGUACCUCUUUCUUUCUCUCUCUGCGAUACGUCACAUAUUCUCCUGUUUCUCUCUUAUUUCGAUUUUAUAUUUGUUCUUGGGUAGUGGGUUGUUUUUAUUUUUGGGGAUCCGAUGAUGUCUAAUAAGAAGAUGAAAGGGGUUGCUUUGGAUUCAUCAAGUUAUGGUCAAUUUGAGGUUUCUAAGGCCAUAUUCAAGCAUCAGACUCUUAUCCAGGACUACCAGGAAUUGCACAAGGAAGCUGAUGACAUGAAAAACAAGCUGGAGACCAUGAAACUCAGGAAAUUAACCCUACUGGCCGAAGUCCGGUUUCUCCGGCGACGAUACAAUUACCUAGUGACUGCAAAACCCCCUCAGAGACAAGGACUGGUUCAAAAGCAAAAUUUUGAAACUCAGGGCAAGAAGGCUGCGAAGGAGAAAAAUCACAGUAGAAAGGAUGCCAAUAAGAAGGAAAAGAUUUCCAUUGCAAAGGAAUAUGCUCGUCGGAAUCAAAGUCCAGUUCUUGACUUAAACUCGAAGGAUAGGAUACACGGUGGAAAAGAAGCUUCUCUUAGAUACAGAACUCCAGCCUCUGACUUAAACCAGAAGGAUAGAAUGUAUGGUGGCAAGCAGACUAACUUCCGAAAUCGAACCCCUACCCUUGAUUUGAAUCAGACGGAAAGUUUAUAUAGCAGACAAGAAUCUACUCGCCGAAACCAGCCUCAAUCCUUUGAUCUAAACCAGAUGGAAAGGUCUUAUAUCGGGAGGGAAAAUGUUGCGCAAAACCGAGCUCCAGUUUUCGACUUAAACCAGAUCUCGGGAGAGGAGGAAUCACAGGAUAUUUAUGAACCAUUAAGAAUAGAGAAGUCAACCAAAAAAUCGAUCGGAGGUGGAGCCGACGACCACCUCAACGAUUUGAACUUAUCCGCUUGUAGGAAUCUUGGUAAUGGCCCGAAUCGCGUGGGAAAGAGGAAGAUUUCAUGGCAGGAUCAGGUUGCUUUGAAGGUUUGAGUUAUUGUUCUUCAAUUGCAAUAGGUAUUUGGAGGAAUGGGGUAAAAAAUA